AGAUUGUAGAGCGAAGCAAGAAGGUGUAAGGUGGUGGUGAACUCAGCAACAGGAGUUAAAGCCAGAGUGAGUGGUGCAGUGUUGAAUGGAUGUGGUUAACUUCCAGUGCGUCAGCAGCCCUAGACUGUGUACAUAGACAACUGCGGAUGCCUACUGGGUGGCGCAACAGUCCAAUCAUUGGGUGUAUGUGUCAAGACCUGCUUGAUGUAGCUCCGGGUGCAUACAAUCAUCUCAAACUAGGGUUGGUAAUCUUCUCAAUGUCAAACUGCCAUGUAGGUAAUUAUCUCAAUGUCAAACUGGGGUUAGUAAUUAUCUCAAUGUUAAACUGUCAUGUAGUUAAUCAUCUCUGGUAACAACUCUGGUACAUUUCGAGCUGUCGUCAAUCAACUCUGGUAUAUGUCAAAACCUACUUAAAUCCUCCUGCUGCACUCAAGCUACUCA